CAUGCGCGAAGAUCUGCCUGCUACAACAAGAAGCGAGAGCCGCCAGGCAAGAUGGCCGACCUAGGGAAGAAGUAUUGCGUUAACUGCCUCGCGGAUGUUACAAACCUGCGGCUGCGCUGCACCGAUUGCCCUGAUAUAGAGCUGUGCCCGGAGUGCUUCUCGGCGGGGGCGGAAAUCGGUAACCACCGGAGAUGGCACGGCUACCAGCAGGUCGACGGCGGUCUAUUCUCACUCUGGGGUCCCGAGGCGGAGGGAGGAUGGAGCAGCAGGGAAGAGCAGUCGCUGCUCGAUGCCAUCGAGCAGUAUGGAUUUGGAAACUGGGAGGACAUGGCGGCUCAUGUCGGAGCGUCCCGGACUCCUCAGGAAGUCAUGGAGCAUUAUGUCACCAUGUACAUCCACGGUAACUUGGGCAAAGCCUGCAUCCCUGACAGCAUUCCUAACAGAGUAACAGACCAUACCUGUCCCAGCGGGGGGCCCCUGUCACCCAGCCUCACCACCCCGCUCCCCCCGCUGGACAUAAGUCUGGUGGAGCAGCAGCAGCUUGGCUACAUGCCGCUGCGCGACGACUACGAAAUUGAGUACGACCAGGACGCAGAGAAGCUCAUCAGCGGGCUGUCGGUCAACUACGAUGAUGAGGACGUUGAGAUUGAGCUGAAACGCGCCCAUGUAGACAUGUAUGUGCGCAAGCUGAGGGAGCGCCAGCGGCGCAAGAACAUCGCUCGGGACUACAACCUGGUGCCUGUGUUCCUCGGCCGAGACAAGAAGGACAAGGAGAAGGAGAAACCGGGGAGUCUGGGAGUUGUAGGAGCUUCUGUUGGAGCAGGUGGACAAGGAGCAGCAGGAGCUGUCGGAUCAGCCGCUACGACAGGAUCCGGGUCCAGCCCCAUCCCAAGCACGCCUAAGAGAAAGAUUACAAAAGAGGAGAAGGAGCAGCGGGUGAGGCUUCGGGCGCUCUGCCAGUUCAUGGCCCACCGUGAGUUCGAGGAGUUCUUCGAGAACAUGCACAAAGAGCGAAUGUUGAGGGUGAAGGUGCGCGAGCUGCAGCGCUACCGCCGCAACGGCAUCACACGCCUGGAGGAGUCUGCAGAGUACGAGGCGGCGCGCCACAAACGGGAAAAACGCAAGGAGAACAAAAGCGUGGUGGCCUCCAAACGCUGCGGCUCCGGAGCAGCUGGACUUGGCUCUGGGAUGGGGCUGGGCGGUGGGGCUGGGUUGGGAGGAGGGGGAGGGCUGGGGGGUGGGCUCAAAGAGGACGGUAAAGAUGGCGAGUUUGCAGCCAUAGAGAAUUUAACGGGCUUUGAGCUGUUGUCUGAUCGGGAGAAGGUAUUGUGUAACUCUCUGAACCUCAGCCCCACGCGCUACCUCACCGUCAAAACCAUCAUCAUCAAGGACCACCUGCAGAAGCGGCAGGGCAUCCCGGCCAAGAGCCGGCUGCCCAGCUAUCUGGACAAAGUCCUCAAGAAGCGCAUCCUCACCUUCCUCACAGAGAGCGGCUGGAUAUCCAGAGACGCUUCGUAGGAUCAGUUCAUCACGGGAAGAAUGAGCUGCUGAGACUGAACAGACGUCGGCCGUCGCAGA